GAUUGGUGGGCGCAACCAAUCCAGACCUGCCGGCUGCCUUGGAAACCGGAAGUUAGGGUCGUGGCCGCCGCCACGGUCUACGCUAUGCAGAGGGAGGAGAAGCAGCUUGAGGCAUCAUUAGAUGCACUGCUGAGUCAAGUGGCUGAUCUGAAGAACUCACUGGGGAGUUUCAUUUAUAAGUUGGAGAACGAGUAUGACCGGCUGACCUGGCCCUCUGUCCUCGACAGCUUUGCCCUGCUCUCUGGACAGUUGAACACUCUGAACAAGGUUUUGAAGCAUGAAAAGACACCACUGUUCCGUAACCAAGUCAUCAUUCCUCUGGUGUUGUCCCCAGACCGAGAUGAAGAUCUCAUGCGGCAGACUGAAGGGCGGGUACCUGUUUUCAGCCAUGAGGUAGUCCCUGACCAUCUGAGAACCAAGCCUGACCCUGAAGUUGAAGAACAGGAGAAGCAACUGACGACGGAUGCUGCCCGAAUUGGUGCCGAUGCAGCUCAGAAGCAGAUCCAGAGCUUGAAUAAAAUGUGUUCGAAUCUCCUGGAGAAAAUCAGCAAAGAGGAGCGAGAAUCGGAGAGUGGCGGUCUGCGGCAGAACAAGCAGACCUUUAACCCUACAGACACCAAUGCCUUGGUGGCUGCUGUUGCUUUUGGGAAAGGACUGUCUAAUUGGAGACCCUCGGGCAGCAGUGGUCCAGGCCAGCCAGGCCAACCAGGAGCUGGGACAAUCCUGGCAGGAGCCUCGGGAUUACAGCAGGUGCAGAUGACAGGAGCUCCAGGCCAGCAGCAGUCCAUGCUCAGUGGAGUGCAAAUGGGCCAAGCAGGUCAACCAGGAAAAAUGCCAAGUGGAAUAAAAACUAACAUCAAGUCAGCUUCAAUGCAUCCCUACCAGCGGUGAGUGUGGCCAGAAACCUUCCCUCCAGGUACUCCUGGCAGAGCUGAUGUAGAUGAAUACAAUAAAGAGAACAUGGAUGUGCAGCAACAGACAAACCUCCACAUCACUGGCUAGCUGUUUGUCCUUUGCAGGUUACCUGGUUUAUCUGAACCUGUAACAGGGAUGUGGGUGGUGAGGGUGGUAACACCUACCUCGGGAUUAUGGUGAGGAUUAAUGUGAGAAUAUGAGUGUGAAACACCUGGUACAGUCCGUGACCUAAUGAGUAUUCAAUAAAUGAUAGUUUCUGCAGCCCUUUC